AUGGGGAGGCAUCGUAGCACAGAAAUGUUAUUCUUCCUGGUUCUUCUCUGUGUAUGCAUAUCAAACAUGAGUGGUAUUACCUUUGGCUGCAUCGAAAAAGAGAGACAAGCUCUCCUAAACUUGAAACAAAGCUUUCAAGAUCCUUCACACAAGUUGUCCUCCUGGCAAGGUCAAGAUUGCUGCCAAUGGAAAGGAGUAGCCUGCAAUGAAACCACGGGUCAUGUUGUCAAGCUUCAUCUCAGAUCCUCAUCAAUGGAUUAUCCAUUUUCACCUUAUUCUGAUGAUACUACUCAUCUGCCUGACUUACAAGCUAAUGAGUUGAGCUCUAAUUUGUUGGAGCUGCAACAUCUCAACUACUUGGAUCUCAGCGGAAACAACUUCAGUUAUAGCAAGAUUCCCAACUUCUUUGGCUCAAUGAAGAAUCUAAAGUAUCUAAAUCUGUCUCAUGCAUAUUUGGGUGGAUUGAUUUCUCUUCAAUUUGCAAAUCUUACUAGCUUGCAAGUGCUUGAUCUUCGAGGUCUUUAUGAUGUUAGUACUCGUACUUUCCAGUGGGCUUCAAAUCUUUUGUCUCUCCAAUACCUUGAUAUGAAUUCGGUAAGUUGUUCGAAUGCAUCAGAUUUAAUGCAGUACUUGAUCUUUCGUUCACCUUCUAUGCUACUAGUUCCUCAAUUCCAAUUGGAUCCCUCCUUUUAG